AUGGCUCGUGUCCAAGUGUUCCCCGUCGUCUUCCUGCUCGUUAUGGUCAUCUCGCUGCUCAGUACCACAAGUAAUCCUCUAUUCCAUCCAUUGGGGAUCACUCGGGAGUAAUUUCAUCCAUCUAGGAUUUUAGCAUAUUAGAAUAAUCUUUUGUAGUUGAACUAAACUAAAUCUGUGCGUACACGGUUCUUCCUUGUUGUGAAUUGAUCAUUUAACAAGUAAUUAAUGAUCCUCAACUAAAGCAUAAUGUUCGUAACAUCGCUAUCUGUGCCGAUGGGUUUCAUAAAAGUUCGUAUGAUUCCAUGACACUAUUUUUUUACGUUGACGUAGGUUCUGCUCGAGAGUUAUCGCAGACUGUGGAAGCGGCUAAGAACCUCUGCGGCUCGGACAUAGGGUUCUGUAUAUUCGAUACGUCAUGCUCACAGAGGUGCAAAAGGUUGGGUUACCUUCGUGGAGAUUGCCGGGGCAUUUUUCCCCGUCGAUGCAUCUGUUACAAGCGAUGCCCAUAG